AUGCCGGACUACAAAAAGAUUCUUAAAGAGGGAUGGCACCCCGAAAAGGACCUCUCCAUGUCCGACAUCAAGGACAAGGUGAAGGGCAAGACCAAAAGCCUUAUGGGCCGCGGUGAUGAUAACCGCGCCGAGACCCGCCAUGUCCGCCCUCUCUCCUCCCUCCGCGACCCCUCUACCUUCGCGCCUCCUCCAAAACGGUAUCCCAACGCCAUAGGCACAGCUACUAGGACCCCCACGACCUCCGACACCAACACUCCUUCUGUCCCAGCAGCACUCCCCGCGCCGGACUCAACCCCAGCCCGGGCUACUGAACCCGAAUCCGACCCCAACGAGCCUCCCCCGCCGCCCAAACCCUGGGUCAUUGACCGCACCGGCCUCUCCACAGCCAACCUCCCUCCCCCUCCAAAACGUCUCGACGGCGCAGAUGGACGUCCCGUCCCUCCCCCGCCGCCAAGGCCAUCCGCCACCGCCGCGACGCCAGUACUAUCAGCACCAGGGGUUGAAGCAAAGCCCCCUCUCCCACCGAGAUUACCUCCCCGGAGAAACACCGCCAGUUCCACAACCACAUCCUCAGCCCUAGCAGUAUCAACGACAACAUCGACGGCAGAUACAACCCCCAACCCGCCUCUCCCAACCCGGCCCUUCCGCUCCUCCUCCUCCUCCGUCACCCCCUCUUCGGCAUCUUCCCCACUACCACCAGUUCCGUCUUCUUCCCGCCCUGACCUCCUCAACCAAAGCGCGCUCAACCGUCUCGCGGCGAGGGGGGUGAACGUCCCAGGGCUGGGUAUCACACCCAACAGCCACCAGCAGCAGCAGCAGCAGCAGCAGCAGCAGCAGCAAGGAACAGCGAUAUCGGAAUUGCAGUCCCGUCUGGCGAGGUUGAAUACCUCCUCUCGCUCAUCCAUCACCUCCAGCAGUUCGGUCGGAACCGAGCAAGGGCAGGUGAGGUCGCCUCCGCCACCUCCUCCAGCGCCGAGGGCUGUUGGGCAGCAGAAUGCUGCAGUAGCGACAGGUGUUGGGGGGGUAGCGGCGGUUGUGGCGGCAAAGAAAAAGCCGCCCCCUCCACCGCCGCCGAAGAAGAAGCCUAGUUUGGCAGUUGGGGGGAGUAGUUCUGGGGCGAAUGCUGGGGCGGAAGAAGAGGCGCCGCCGCCUAUUCCGCUUGCUACGAGGCCUACGUUUUGA